AUGAAGAUCAGCCUCGUACUCCUCAAUGGCCUCUUCGCCGGCGCCAUUGCCGUCCCAACUGGCUCACACACCGUCCACGAGAAGCGUGAUGUCUCCAACGGCAGAUGGAUCAAGCGCGAGGCUGCCAAUGCCGAUACCAAGGUCCCUGUUAGAAUUGCCCUGAAGCAAAAGAACCUGGACAAUGGCAUGGACUACCUGCUUGAGGUCUCUGAUCCCUCGUCAGACAAAUACGGCCAGCACUACACCAAGGAUCAAGUUGUCGAGCUCUUCGCCCCAGACGAGAACUCCAUCAACUCCAUAAAAAGCUGGCUGAUCAAGUCUGGCGUUUCUGCCGACAAAAUCACCUUCCCCAAGAGCAAGGGCUGGGUUGACUUCCAGUCCACUGUCGGGCAGCUCGAGUCUAUUCUCAAGACCAAGUACCACAUGUAUGACCAUGUCGAGGCCCGAAACGCUCACAUUGGUACCGACGAGUACUCCCUCCCCAAUGAGAUCGCCGGCAUCGUCGACUUCAUCUCCCCCGCUGUUGUCAUGUCGCAGACCAACCAGCCCUCACGGAAUGAGAAGCGAAAGGAUGGACGUAUCGUCAGGGCUCACAAGCCCCUCCCUGCGCAGGUUGCCAAGAUGUUGGCCGCCAACCCUGAUUCUACCGAGAACUGCGCCCAGUACAUCACUCCCGCGUGCAUCAAGUCCCAGUACAACAUCACCGAUGGCACCUUGCACGACCCAUCCAACCGCCUGGGCAUCUUUGAAAUGUCCAUUGACGUCUUCUCCCAGGAAGACUUGGACUCGUUCUACUCCCAGUUCGCUACCAACAUUCCCGAAGGAACAGGCCCCAAAUUGGACCUGAUUGACGGCGCCAAGGCCCCUGUUGAUCAGUCAGAUGCCGGCGGCGAGUCAGACCUCGACUUUGAAAUCGCCAUUCCCAUCAUCUACCCCCAGGGCACUGAGCUGUACGAAGCCGCCACACAGAGGGACGACAUCUUCAACACUUUCCUUGACGCUGUUGACGGCAGCUACUGCUCCAAUCCUGGUGACGACCCUACUGUUGACGGAAAGACGCCCAACGAAAUGUGCGGCACUUUCAAGGCCGCUAAUGUUAUUUCCUUUUCGUAUGGUACCGCUGAGGUCGACUAUCCCACAAAGUAUCUCCAGCGCCAAUGCAACGAGUUCAUGAAGCUCGGCCUUCAGGGAACGUCCAUCGUCUUCUCCAGCGGUGACGAUGGUGUCGCCAGAAGAGGCGGCGCCUGCCUCGGCCCCAAGAAAAACAUCUUCACCCCCGGCCAGGAAGCCAGUUGCCCAUACGUCACCGCCGUAGGAUCUACCGUCCUCCUGUCCACCGGCGAAGAAAUCGCCACCGAGUCGUUCUCGUCCGGAGGUGGUUUCAGCAACAUCUGGACUACUCCCGACUACCAAAAGGACGCCGUCGCCGCCUACUUCUCCAAGCACGACCCCGGAUACAAGUCCUACACCACCAAGGACGGCAACAUCCCCACCACCGGCGGCAUCUACAACCGCGCCGGCCGCGGAUACCCCGAUGUUGCUGCCCUCGGCGACAAUGGCGUCGUUGUGGUUCAAGGCCAGUCCGGUACUUCAGGCGGCACCAGCAUGAGCAGCCCUCUUGUUGCUGCCAUCUUUACGCGUAUCAAUGACGAGCGUAUCAAGGCUGGCAAGAAGCCUAUUGGCUUUGCUAACCCUGCUUUGUAUAAGAACCCAUCUAUGUUCACUGACGUCGUCAAGGGGGAUCAGUCGAAGGGUGGUCCUAACGGCGAUGGUCAGCCGAGUGCUUGUGGUAAUAAGGGCUUCUCUGCUGUUCAGGGCUGGGAUCCUGUUACUGGGUUGGGGACGCCUAUUUACCCUGCUAUGCUGGAGUACUUUCUCAAGCUUUAG